UGUCAGCUGACGGGAAGAAGGCCUGCAUUUUAACAAUGGCCUCUUCUGCUUUAGCCUCUUCACUCCAACUCGCCAUAGCCUCUCCUCGAAACCACAAUGACCAUUCAUCCCCAAUCAUCUCCCCACCUCCUCCUCAGCGCUACCCUUCUGAGUCUCCCCUUCCUCACCACCAAACGUCUGCAAACCCAAAGCCCAAAAACCCCACACUUCGACAUCGGCUCAGCCAAUUGUGCAAAGAUGGCCGACCCCACGACGCCCGCCGCCUCUUCGAAGCAGUUCCCCGCCCCACCACCGUUCUUUGGAACACAAUUAUCAUCGGCUUCAUCUGCAACAACAUGCCCUAUGAAGCCAUUUUGUUCUAUGCCCGCAUGAAGUCAUCUUCUCCCGAAACUCAAUAUGACUUCUACACUUACUCUUCUGCGCUCAAAGCUUCUGCCGAUGCCCGGCGGCUUAGAAUAGGUAAAGCCGUGCACGGCCAUAUUCUCCGAUGUCAUUCGACUCCCAGCAGAAUUGUAUGUAACUCGCUCUUGAAUAUGUACUCUUCUUGUCUGAGCACACCGGAUGGCGAAAUGAGUUUUGGGGAUUUUGAUUUCUCGCGGUAUGAUGUAGUACAGAAAGUGUUUGAUACAAUGCGUAAGAGAAAUGUUGUGGCUUGGAAUACAAUGGUUUCCUGGUACGUGAAAACGGGAAGGAUUGUUGAAGCAGUUAAGCAAUUUAAGUUGAUGAUGAAUUUGGGAAUAAAACCGACUGUUGUUAGUUUUGUCAACGUCUUCUCCGCAGUCUCGAGGAUCAGGGACCAUAAGAACGCUAAUGUUUUGUAUGGAAUGCUUCUUAAAUUGGGUAGUGAAUACGUGAAUGAUAUGUUUUCCGUGAGUUCGGCUAUAUUUAUGUUUGCCGAGCUUGGUAGCCUUGAUUUUGCUAGGAUUAUUUUCAACAGAUGUUUGGAGAGAAAUACAGAAGUGUGGAACACAAUGAUUAGUGCGUACAUUCAGAACAGUUGUCAUGUUGAAGCGAUGGAUCUAUUUCUUCAGGCGAUGGAGUCAGAACAAACUGUUCUUGAUGAUGUAACUAUUCUUUCAGCUCUAACUGCAAUUUCACAAUUGCAGCAGUUGGACUUGGGUCAACAGUUGCAUGCAUAUAUAAUUAAAAAUUCCAUUGCAUUGUCUGUUACAACACUAAAUGCCAUCAUUGUCAUGUAUUCUAGGUGCAAUUCUGUUGAGACAUCAUUCAAAGUUUUUGAUAAAAUGACGGAAAGAGAUAUUGUUUCCUGGAAUACCAUGGUUACAGCCUUUGUGCAGAAUGGGUUGGAUGAUGAGGGGUUGAUGCUUGUGGAAGAGAUGCGGAAGCAAGGAUUUGUGAUUGAUUCCAUAACCAUGACCGCUCUACUUUCAGCAGCAUCAAAUCUACGGAACCAGGAAAUUGGAAAACAAAUUCAUGCUUAUCUUCUUAGGCAUGGGAUACAAUUUGAGGGAAUGGACAGCUAUCUUAUUGACAUGUGUGCCAAAUCUGGUUUAAUUAUGACUGCUCAAAGACUAUUUGAGACAAAAUGCAGCCAUGAUGCAGAUCCAGCCACAUGGAAUGCCAUGAUUUCUGGGUACACACAAAAUGGGCUGACUGAACAGGCUUGCAAUACCUUCAGGCGGAUGUUUGAGCAUAAUUUGAUGCCCAAUGCCGUGACCUUAGCAUCCAUUCUCCCAGUUUGCAAUCCAAUCGGAUGUAUUGGCUUGGGUAAACAACUCCAUGGCUUUGCCAUUCGCCACUUCCUGGAUCAAAAUGUCUUUGUGAGGACUGCUUUAGUGGACAUGUACUCAAAAUCUGGUGCAAUUACUUAUGCUGAAGGGGUAUUUGCUGAAGCCUAUGAAAGAAAUUCUGUUACGUAUACCACCAUGAUAUUGGGUUAUGGUCAACAUGGGAAAGGGGAGAAAGCUCUCUCUUUAUUUCAGUCACUGCAUAGCCUAAGCAUUAGACCAGAUGCUAUUACCUUUGUUGCAGUCUUGUCUGCUUGCAGUUAUGCUGGUUUGGUUGAUGAAGGUCUUCAUAUAUUUGAAUCAAUGCAGAGAGAAUAUAAGAUCCAGCCCUUGGCUGAGCACUAUUGUUGUGUUGCAGAUAUGUUAGGAAGAGUUGGAAGAGUUUCGGAAGCAUAUGAACUUGUCAAAGAAUUGGGAGAAGAUGGAUUUAAUAUGGUGGAAAUUUGGGGAUCACUUCUUGGGGCAUGCAGACUGCAUAAAGAAUUUGAAUUGGGAAAGGUUAUUGCGAGUAAGCUGCUUGAAAUGGAGACAAGAAACCGCAUGGCAGGCUAUCAUGUUUUGCUAUCAAAUAUACAUGCAGAGGAAGGAAAUUGGGAAACUGUUGAUAAUCUGAGAAAAGGGAUGCACGGCAAAGGUUUGAGGAAGGUACCUGGCUCCAGUUGGAUCGAGGUUGCAGGUUCCAUAAACUAUUUUGUCUCAAGGGAUCGAAAGCACCAGCGGGUUAAUAAGAUAUAUGAAAUAUUGGAAGAUUUGGCUGCGAAUAUGAAAGUUGCAGGUUAUUGGACUCGUCCAUAUUCUGAUACGGGUGAGAUUUCUGAGUAUGAUGAGUGAUCGCGACUCUUUUUUGGCAGUCAAUUGCAUUUGGAAAAUAGAAAUGGGUGGCAAUCACUUGAUCCGUUAGCUGACCAGAAAUGGCUUGCUAUAGGAAAAUGGAUAACAUUGAUGGGUAAUUGGUGGUUUGUCUUUGUGGUUCAUGUUGAUACCCCAUUGCUGGUAUGGAUGUGGGAGUUGUUCGGCAUUACACCUUUGGCUGUAGCCGAGCUUCACUAUGGUAUCAAAGGGAAUGAAGACUGUCAGACUGGUUCUUUGAAUAGGCGCUUUGGCUUUCUGUGGCAGCUGUUGUUUAUCCAAGGCAAAUUGCCACCCGCUGUGCAAGUCUACAUGCCUGGUCUAUAAUGCGACAAAUGCACUUUAACAGCUGCGAAUGCCAGUUUUCUAGUUGAGAUGUGUUGAUUGGUGUAGUUUGGCUAGACCAUUCAUAUCGAGUUGUGAACAUAAGGUUCACCGCACGUUCAAUGGUUCAUGAGUUCAUCUCCUGGGUUCCAUAUUAGAGACUGGAGAUUCAAUUCUCCCCAGGGAAGAGGGGAGAAGCUUGGAUUGUGAAGUAGCUGGCCCUUUGGGAUCAUUUGUAAAUAGCGAAAAUCUAUAGGGGCCCUGAUCAUCGUAUUUUUAUUUUUAUCUUAAAAUAUCUCUGAUUUUUUAAGUGUAUUUUUCUGCUGUUUGUUUCAUAAGGCCAAGUAAUUUUCUUUCUACGAAAUUAAUGUUCUCAUAUUCCAGAUUCUGGGAGAAACGAAGUGUGAAGCUGGACUUUGUUGGCGGAACCCGAACUCCAUGAGUUCUUGCAUGUCUGAAUGUAAUGUGAUGCAGCCCGUGCGUCCUUAAUAAAGUUUAGAACAAUGGAGAUUGCUAAGAA